ACCGGACGUUGUUCGUUAUGCAGGUCCUUUUGAACGAUGGUUCAUCGUUCGCCAUUACCUCGAGAUGUAUGCAUGUGUCGCCAUUUCCGCAAGAUACGGAGAGCGCAGCGGCAUUAGCCUCGAUGCCAACACCCUGUUUCCCGCGCUGGAUAAAGUGAUUCGAAGGCAUGCCGCAUUAUGCGUCACCCUCUCUGGAGAAGCUUCAGGAAAACCCGCAUGGGUCCGCCUAGAGAAAGUCGACCUGACGCGUGUCGUUAAUUUCUCGGACGACACGCAGGCCAACAUUCGGACAGUGUUCGAAUCAGAGAUCGCACACAGAUUUCGCACUCAAUCCGAGCCAGCAGACCCUCUCUGGCGUCUGCGAAUAUCACGCGAUGGGAUCGUCACGUUCGCUUGGCACCACGCAAUUGGCGAUGGUCGAAGUGGCCUGGCGUUUCACCACUCUCUGCUAGAAGCGCUGAACGAAGUCGAUACCGAGGGUCCGCCACGGGAUCCAUGCACAAGUGUCAUCGUCCCACCGAACCUCUCUCUCGUCGAACCUGUUGAGAAUAUCAUCAGUACAGCCGUCUCUCCGUUGACGCUGUGCCGCCAGGUCUUACAGCUUCUAAUGCCUGAUUCGUGGAAGGCUUCCUAUCAUGCCUGGACGGGUCAUCCGGUUCCUGACCACGACUCGUUGCUCGCCACAGUUCGACUCGUUCACUACAAUCGUGACGCCACUGAGACAUUGCUACGGCUCUGCCGAGCAAAUGAUUCGACGAUCACCGGGUUCCUCAUGGCGUUGUCGGCCAGAGUCAUCUCCCGACUCAUCGCCGCGGACCAAUCACUCAACGGGCGCUACAAAUCCAUUGUGGCCCUAGUGCCAGUGUCGUUACGCGGACUGACCAAGACGCCAGAAGAUGUGUUCUGCAGCGAGGUUUCCUCAAUAAAUCGACUCAUCCCGUUGGAUCCACCGACACCCCCUGAUGGAGGCCUCCUUUCUGACAGCUUUCAUUGGGAACUAGCAGCAGAGCUGACGAGAGACCUGCGACGUCACGCGCCACAAUCUACUCAACAACUUGGCUUGCUGAAAUUCCUACCUGAUUACGAGGCGUACCUCAAGGGGUUUUAUUCCAAGAAGCGCAAUGCUACCAUAGAAAUAUCCAAUUUGGGCACGUAUCCUUGGAGAAGUUGCGAUUCGGAUCAUCGUGUUGCAUCCGAUGGCGAGGCCGGAAAGUGGAACAUCGACGAAAUGUACUUUGUUCAAUCCCAAGCAGCAUUCAUGGCUGCGAUCCACAUGAACGUGGUGGGGACUCCUGGUGGCGGUCUUGGGCUGACUGUAUCGUGGUCGCAGGGAGCGAUUGAAGAAGAUUUUGGAGAGUCCUUCUAUUCAGGUCUCAAGGACUGCUUGGACGAUAUGGCUCAAGUGGCGAAAGACACAGACUUGGAGUAGUGUCGACGCUUGGCGCAAUGCUACUGAUAUGCACCGCUUUCUGACCUGCGAAAUUUCUGAUCUCUCUGAGCACUGUUGUACGGAGCGCAUGUAAAGAUACAAAUGUCAAACUGAUCUUGGUUGAGUGCU